UCAUUCGUAAAGCUUUGUAAUUCAUAGUUUUAUACAUUUUAAUACAUUGUUCAUAACAGAAGAUCAAGUAGAGAAGCUUUUUAAAAAACGGUCAGAAACUCGCCGCAAUGUCCAUAUGAAAAAAAAACCCGGAGCAUGACUGGAUUGCUCAAAAGAUACCGUUUUUUAUAAUUUUUUUAACAUUCCAUUUAACAGAUGGAUUCCUUUUAGUUCGAGAGCUUGAGUCAUUUAGUGGAUUGAAGGCAAUUGGGAACUAUCCUUUCAAAUUCGGUUUAAAGCUUUUGUUCGUUGGGAAUUUCACAACCUACGUGACAGCUCGUUUAUCACAGUCAAGGUGGAUUUAAAAAUAUCAGGUGGUGGACUCUAGCAAAGUGUAUGAAUAUCAGGUGGUCUCGUCCCAUACAAAUUGACAACUAAUUUCGAAAUCAAAAAAAUCUCCUUUUGACAGAAUGGGUGAAGUGAAUUUCCAUAGGAACCGUUCGCUUUGUUCUUAGCAACACAUACGUAGUACACAUUGGUGUCCUCAUCGACGGCAUUAUUUUGAUCCAAAAAUGGAUAUUAAUUAGUUCAGAUUGGUUUAGCUUACAGUAACAUAUAUUUUGAGUGCUUUUUAAGGUAUUUCAGUGCAAAUUACGAAGAUUCUAAGAUUGUUUGUGUGUAAGGCAAGUCGUCAGAAAGCUUGUUUGGGGAAAUGUUUUCACCCAUGCUGUCAAAAAGUGACGUUCAACUUUUGCUAUGAAAAACAGGCUAUGAGACCACCUGAUAUUCAUACACUUUGGACUCUAGUGCAUUUUGACAAUUCGUCACUUGACGUAAGGUCCCCAGGAUUCAAACUUUGUUUACAUUAAUUAAAUUUGUUCAUAUAAUUUAUCUACCCCAUUUUUUCGAAUAAAUAUUCUUUAAAAAUAUAUUUUGGACUUUGUGAGUUCUUAUUUAACAUUGAAACAUACAUUAAAGUGUGUUAUUUUGUGUUAUUCUGUGAAUUUAUUCUAGAAUUCUUUGUGUUUUCGACAUUUUUGAUGAUAAAAAUUAAGAAAUCAUUAUUUUUGUUCAAUUUUUACAUUAAUUCCUCAUUAUCUACGAGCCGCAUGGACAAUUUACUUGAGAUUAAAACUCAUGCUAGCAUGAUUUUAAAUUUCGUGCAUAAACAAAUCAUCAAAUCUUUUGUUAAUAUAUUACGUUUUUUCGAUAAAAUCAAUAGACACACUAAAAUGCACAUAAUAACAAAGAAAUCUGUUAUAUUUGCUAAGCUUUGUGUGCGGAAACCAAUGGUCAACGGUUCUAAAAUGACGUAAAGUCCCUCAACUAUGGCGACCCCCCAAAGGCCCUAAUCCACCACCUGAUAUUUUUAAUCCACCUUGAUCACAGUAGAGCUCGCCUAGCCACAAUCAGCGUUGUGUUUGUUUACAAAUUUAGCCGGUCAGUGUCUAUGUCGAAGCCCACUAGCCAGUGAAACAGGAAACCAUGUCCACCGUAAAAGAUCAAUCAGAACACCAAAACCAUGCCCAAAACAUAAUUGUAAUCCAUCCCGGCUCGCACUACCUGCGUAUCGGGCGUGCAUCGGACGUGAAUCCGGUGAGAAUUCUGCACGCGAUCGCACGACGCCGCAAACCGGGUGGAGAAACGCACCGGGAUGGUGUGCUGCCGCCGGUGGUGGAGAAAACGAAAGAACUGCUGCAGGAGCUGGAAGAUGGCCGGUUACAGAUAACGCACACCCUGCAGUCCUGCGUGCAAUCGAACGGACAGCGUCGGUAUGCUACACCGCCCCAGCAGAUUGCCGCCUUUAAUCGACGCUCCCAGCCGGAAGUGUUACCGGACGGUCAAACGGACUGGUGCGAUAAGGACGGACGGGAUGUGGUGAUAGGGGAGGACGUACUGCAGCUCAAUCCCAACGGAGAGUAUAAUGUGCACUUCCCGAUUCGACGCGGUGAGCUGAAUCUGCACGCCGGUGUCGGUGGAUCACUGUUUGCGGUCAUGUCGGAUCUGCAGAGUAUAUGGGAGCACGUGCUGCAUACGCGUCUCGAGAUCAAGCCGAGCGAUAUGAAACACUACCGGGCGGUGCUGGUAAUUCCGGACAUUUACAACCGUGCUCACCUGAGAGAGUACGUGACGCUGCUGUUGAAUCAGAUCGGGUUCGGGUGCUGCUUCUUGGUGCAGGAUCACGUAGCGGCCACAUUCGGUGCGGGGCUCGGGUACGCGUGCGUUGUCGAUGUUGGGGACGGGAAGACUUCCGUGUCGUGCGUGGAGGAUGGCAUUUCACAUCCCAACACUCGCGUCCGGUUCGACUAUGGUGGAGCGGACGUAACGCAAGUGUUUUACUGGUUGCUGCAAAAGUGUGCGUUCCCUUAUCGGGAGUGCAACGAGCAAAUGCCACUGGAUGGUGUGUUGUUGCGUCGCCUGAAAGAAGACUUUGGGCAUGUCAAUCUGGAUGUGUGCGGUUCGGUGGAGAAAUCGUUCACGGUUCAGCAUCCAACAACGCCGAAGCGUCACUACACGCUGCAAGUAGGCGACGAGGCGAUGGUUGCUCCGUUAAGCAUUUUUUACACCGAGCUGCUCGCAAUAACGGGCGCAAAUCGGACCGCGCCGAAGACACAGAACAGAUGCUCAUCGCAACCCCAUCCGGAAGAUUGUUUCGAUGCGGAAUAUAUCAGGGAAACGGGGCGUCGCAAUAAAGACAAUCUGGAACAAUCGGCGAUCGAUAGUGGAGCGCUGGCAAACACGGACGCGCCCGAUGAGGAUCUCGUGGUGGAUGGGUUGGAGCAGGAGCGCGAAGCAAAAUCCAAUGAUCGAGAUUAUCUGCUCCCCGGUGGACAGCUGGUCGGACUAGAUCAAGCGGUUAUCCAAAGUAUCGAGCGAUGCCCAACCGACGAACUGAAGCGUAAAAUGUACAGUUGCAUUCUAAUCGUUGGCGGAGGAAUUAAAUUCGCUGGCAUCGCCAGCUGGCUGCAGAGUCAGCUGGCACGUAAAAUUCCCGCCGCCUAUCGGUCGGAGCAGAGCAUUGUGUCGAGCCCGAAGGAUAUGGAUCCGGAGAUUACGAGCUGGAAGGGUGCUGCGGUAAUGUCCUGUUUGGAAAGUGUCGUCGAGCUGUGGCUAACGGAACCCGAAUGGACGCGGUACGGUUUGCGUAUUUUGCGCGAGAAAGCCGUUUUCAUGUGGUAGGGGUGGUUGGAGAAGGUGCUUUUAUACAGUGAGAUACUACAACAAAACAAGAUUUGUAAUUGUAAAUUUUUAGUAAUAGAAAUUCAAUAAUAUGGCCUUUCGAUAAAUCUCAAUGGAUAA